AUGCAGAAAACCAACAUGGCGCCAUUGAUUCAAAGACUCUUAUUUUUGGGUAUAAUUCUUUUACUGGCGAAUCAUUAUGUCAAAUCUUCACCUGCUAGACUUCCCGUUAAGGAUGUUAAGGAUAAGGAAACUUCAGAUAAAAGUCACACGGACAAUGUAGAGAAGAAUUCUGUGGUCCAAAGUCGAGAGGAGAAAGCUGGUAAGAACUGACGGUUUUUAAUGGGCUCAUGAAACUCAUUUAACGUAGGUUUACAAAGUAAGGUCAUGUUGAUUGUGCCUGUUAAAGCUCAUACACGUUUUAACUGCCUCAGAUGUUGAAGACGAUCGACGACAAAAACCAGUGGAAUCGCAGGAACGAGAAGAACAGCCUAAAGAGGAAGGUGAGAAUUAAGCUGAAACAAAGUUUGAGAUGAAUCAUCGUUAACAUACGUUUUACUUUAAGCCUUCUUAAAGAGCCUAAUAGUGCCUUAUUCUUUAAAUUUUUUUGUGUUCUACUAAUUGAGGUUCUCUUUUUGUAAAGUUGAUUUAAAGACUUAGCUGGCUGCACAUGUACAGCUGUUCAUAUAUUGAAUGGUAUCGAAUCUAUCUCGCCCAGUUGUUGCACGCUUUUGUUUAAACUUCCGUUAAUCGAAUCAUUUCCAACAAUGUUUAUACCUUUGGAGCUUUGCUCAUUUACGACAAAAUAGGCUGAUGUUUAAAAUUAGGAUAAAAGUUUGAUAAUCUCUGCAUGUUAUCCUUUUGCAGUAUAUUUAAAAAUUAAUAAUGAUAAAAAAGCUUGAAUAAAAAUUCAAGCUUUCACUUAACAAUGGUAUCAUCAGGAAUAAAAACAAUGUUCUGCAUAAAGCUAGCUAUAUGUGUAUCACAUGCAUAAAAUACUUCUUAAAAAAUUACGUGCAUACUGUAUUUAUGCACGAGUUGUUGAUGUAUCAAAAAUCGAACGAGUGAGCCCAGCGAACUUGUGAGAUUUCUGCCAAAAUUUGCUCCAACACACUGCAAAGUGACAAAGAAAACAAAAUAAUGUUAGUAUUAACUACAGGUAAUCAUUGAUUACGAAUCUGUGUUUGUCUCUUACGGAAAACUUAUGGAAACCAAAUUGAGUCGAAAGGAGUCCAGUUUUUUCGCUGAGGUGCCCCUGAUAAAACUAAUAGGGGUGGCUAAUUUACAGUCACCCGUGAUAGCUUGAAAUUUCUGCCUUAGUGCCACAGGACCACCAGAUUAGGAUGUGUUCUGACAAACGUGAUAAACUCUAGGUAAAAACUUGUAAUGAGGGUAAGAAUAUGAAGUAUUCCAGGAACUACAAGUUAGUAAUGUUAACUUUUGUUUUGAAUGUACAAUAAGAAAUGGAUGAUUUGUAUAGGUAAUAGCACUACAAAUUAACAGCACGAUUUGUAGUAAUAUUUGGCAUAAAUACCAUGAGUGAUAUUUUAGAAUUGUUAUUUCACGAGCCAUUAGGCAAGUGAAAUUUGAGACAAUUUUGAAAUAUCAUGAGUGGUAUUUAUGCCAAAUAUCACGUACAAAUCAUGCUAUUAUUUGUUUAUACUACUACAUGCAAAAGGUUCACAUGUAGGUACCGUAUUUAUUCGAAUAAGCGCCCAGCCUCGAAUUAGCGCCCACCUCGAAUAAGCGCCCAUCCUAAAGGCAGAAAAAGUUAAUAAGCGCCCAGCCUCGAAUAAGCGCCCACCCCCUCCUCCUCCCAAUCAAACUCAAAUAAGCGCUCACCCCCACCCCACCCACUUGAGUGAAUAAAUGCUAAUAAGACACUUCUCCGAGGACGGAGUUUUCUUCAGAGUAUUAUACAGAAACCUUGCUUUGUUACUUCUUCGCGUUUUGUUAUUAGCAUUUAUUUUUUUGUUGCAAAAUAAACAUACUUCACUUGCUGAAAAUAGUGAAAAUUUAAUAAGCGCCCAGCCUCGAAUAAGCGCCCACCUCGAAUAAGCGCCCAUUCUCAAGGUCCAAAAAUUUAAUAAGCGCCCAGGGCGGUUAAUCGAAUAAAUACGGUAUUUCAAAUUAAGCUGAAAUACCACUGCUCUAAGCCAAUCAAAUUGCAGAAAUUUCUUAUGUAGUAGUAUAAUGAGUGAAAUUCCUGGUUUGAAUAUAAGCUUAAACAGAAGCAUAUAAGACUUAUGUUAGUUCCGAUAAAUAAGUACAAGUACAAGCUUACAUCUUCUUUGCUUUUUCCCCCUUCUACUGUUGUUUUGCCGGCUCUCUUCAAUUUCUUCAUCGAUAGUGAAAUAUCUCAGUGAAGUAUCUCAGAUGUUUUUCACUUUUCUACGAGAAAAACGGUACUUAAAUUAUAGUCCUUUCUCCUCGAAUGUCUGUGAAGCAACUUGCAAAGCGAGGACGCUGCAAGCUGCAAGUAAUUUUGGCACAAAACUCAUGCACCUUUGUGGCUUUUGAUUGGACAUAUCAAUUUUUCUUAUACAUGAAAAAACAUUUUUCGUUAUUCUGAUUGGACAUAUCGAUUUUUUCACCUGUGAAAAACACCGUUUGCUCUUCUGAUUGGCUAGAACUGAUUUGUGUAUGGAAAUUUACAUCAAUGACAAUUUAGUUUGUCUGUGAGUAUCUCAGUAUCAGGGCUUCUGAUAAGUCGCGGAAGAAAAAGUCAAAUUUUGCGGGAUGUUUAGGGACAAAUUCUCGGAAAAAUUGGCCGAUUUCGCGGGAAUUUCGCAGGACUUUUUGGUGCAAACUUUACCAAAAAGCGAUCUGUAAAAAAUGGCUGAUUUUGUGGUUAUUUUCAAGGAAAAUUUUGCUAGAAAUCGGUUGGUUUUGUGCUGACCAGACCAGCAUUUUUAACGUUUUUCUAACAGAGGUCAUCAUUUGCUCUUUCAACAACAAUACGCUCCAGAAAUGAACCAAUGGCAAAGCCUUUAACAUCAUGGCUAGUACCCAGUUUUUCGCAACAUAAUCUACGCCUGGUAGUUUCUGGACGUUGUUUGCACAUUUCAGUGACGAAGUUCCAAGAUAAAUUUUGCAACUUUACAGCAAGUAAAUAGCCCCUAUAGCCGAAAUAAGUUUCAAAUGUGUUGUACAGACUUGUAUUUGAUAAGAUUUCUACCGAAUUUCACGUUGUUUUUCAUGUUUUUGUGAAUUUUGUGGGAUUUCGUGGAUUUACCUGAAUUUCGCAGCUCCACGACUGCGCGAAAUAUCAGAAGCUCUGCAGUACGUAUAUGAAUAAAUUUUAAAAAUUGAUGGAAAGUAAAAUGACUUGUGCAAAAAAUGUUGAAGUGUUACAAAGUGUGUAAAAAAUAAUAAUGUGUUAAAAGUACAUAAUAUGUUUUUUUAAUACAGUGGAACUCUGCUCUGCAGACACCUGCUUAAUACAGAUACCCAUAUAUAAUGGACAGCUUCAUUUGUCCUGACACUGAAAAAUGUCAUUUAUUUUCUUUAAAAUUUACCCUCUAAAUACGGACCCCCAGGUAAUACGAACACUAUGGCAUGUCCCCUUCAUUUGUAUUAAAAUUUCCAGUGUACUGCGUAGUUGAGCUGAAAUAAAUAAAUUUGCAGGCUUUGAAAUAGUGUUAGACCAGUCAGUGGAUAAGGUUCAGUCCAAAAUUGGUUUUGUCAGGUCAAAUCCUUGGAUGACUGAGCAUUUUGUUCAAUCAUUAAUAUGCUGUUCUGGUGGAUUUCGAUCCGUUUUGUUUGUUUUGUGUUUCAAGGUUCAUUGCUCUGUGAUCGUCCUGUUUUGGGCUAUAAUCAACUAGUUAAGUUUGCCUCUCAGAUUUUUCUGACCUUUCUUAUUCUUGUCACUUGCAAGAAUAAAGAAACGUCUGCCUCCUUCCUUUGAUAAAAAGUCCUUUCACCAUCGCGAUUUCCUUUGCUAUUCUUGAGCAGUCUAGAGUCAUUCUCAGCCAAGCUGGACAAGCACAUUACACUGUGAUUUACGUAAACCCCGCCUUCAAUAAAAUGAUUGAUGGAACAGAAAAACCCAAAAUCCCAUUGAAGUUUGCAAAAUGCACAGCACGAUACAACAAGUUUCGCUUUAAAUAUUAGGUUAGACAUUAGUCUCAUUUGAGAAGAAUUAAUGAAAGGGAUAAGAAAUAUAUGACCAGACCAAGACAUUUUUAUAGAUUAAAUUAAAGUAAAAAAAAUUAAAACUUGUGAUAUUCACAAUGCAGAAAAAAAAGCUAUAUACAUGUAGGAACAGUAGUGUGAAUGGCAGUGACACAGAACUGGGGAAUGUCAGUGUAGACGUUGAGUGUUGUACAAACUGGAGUGGCAGAGGGUUAAUUUUACGCAAUCAUUAUCAUUAUUUACCACAGUAGUGUUAGCUCAGUCGGUAGAGCAUGCGCUUGCAGUGCGGGAGGUUGUGGGUUUGAUUCCCGGGGCUGGACCAAUACUCAGGGUCUUAAAAUAACUGAGAAAUGAAGUUACUCCCUUUGCACUGCAAGCGGCUAGACCUUUGCGUGGCUCUGAUGACUACAUAAAAUGGUGGUCCUGUCUCUAGUCUCUGUUAGGACUGAGACGUAAAAAUAGUGUCCUCAAUUACCACUUUCGUGCAAAAUACUUUGACACUCAAAUAAAGUGCAAUUUUUAUUAUAGCUUACUCAUUAUUAUUUUAAUCAUAACUAUAACAAACUUCUCAAAUCUGAUUUGCCAUCAACUGCCCUGAUUUCAGCCCUAAUAGGACAGUUUAAUAGGCCAGUAGCGUCAUGUACACACCAUCAUGCACGCGGUUAAAUGACUUUUUUUUCGCUGCUAGCAAAAAAAACUUGGAAUUUCUUGUAUUUGGAUUUAAAAAAAGAGCCUUAUACAUCACAAGUUUUGUUAAAGUUAUGAUUAAUGGGUAACAGAACUUUGUGUCGUCCAGUUUGGUCUGUAAUCAUACUUGUGAUUAAACAAAUCGGACUCCUGCGAUUUUGUUAUAAUCAUUCGUAUGAUCACAGUCCGAAUUGACUCCACUCAGGGUGUCCUGUUACCAUUACUAACACACUCUUAUGACACCUGUUUAAUAUGGACACCUUGUUAUUAUGGACAGUUUUCUUUGUCCAUGGUGAAAGCCCUCAAAUUUUUCUUCAAAUUCAAAUAAGUUAAUACGGACACCCGAUGCAGACAAAGGACACUAUUUUCUUGCCCAAUUAACAGAUUAUCAUUGAAAGUCAACCAUGGUAAUGCCGACACUUCAUAAUCAACUGUGUAUUGUAAUAAAUGUUUCCUUUUUAAAGGUAAAAAAACCUUCAGAUGACAGCAUGUCAAUAUUACCAGUGCUACAGUAUACUGGAUUAUGAUGAAUUGUUGACAUCAAUUUUAGACUAUUUUGGCAGCAAACAAGUUAGGCAAAGAACAGUUUUUGUACAUGUACAUGUAGAUGGGCGAUUGAUUAAGUGUUUCCAAGGAUUUAGUCUACAGAAUGACAGCUUUGUGAAGGUUAGAGAUAUUUAAUUCGACGGGGCUGGUGUACUCUUUUAUCCCUUAUAGUCUCUCUUUCUGAUAAAAGGUUACAUUGUAUUUGUUUCUUCAAUAGCAUGACGCGCUUUUACGGACACCCUGUGAAUACUGACUCUUUCUUUGACCCCUUCAGUUUCAGUAUUAACAGGGUUUGACUGUAACUGACUUUGCAUUUACAUGAGAGUAUUACAUUAAUUGAAGUAUGUGCUGCUUUUCUUUAGCUCAAAAACCUAAAGUAGACGACAGAGAAAACUCUGCUAAAUCCAAAAUUGGUGGUAUUGGAAGAUUGGGCGAUGAUCAGUCAAAUUGUGCUGAGGACAUUGCUCGUCUUUGUCCUGAAAUUCCAAAAGGAAACAACUUUGCUCUGCUUGUUUGCUUACAGGAAAAAGCCAAGGUACAGUGUACAUUGUAG